GCCACUGUCGCAGAGCAUGCCCACCGCCAACGUCGGCCCAACAUCGAACACCAUCCAGUCCCGUAUCCCAACCCUAAGCGGGCUUUCCUUUCCUGCUUUUUUAUCUUUGAAUCAGAGCAUCGACUCGCCUACGCAUCAACCAGUUAUCGAACACUCCUCGCCGGUCGCGCCGCUUGAGCGGCUGUGUUGUCGACCAUGACGAAGCUGCCGAGGCUUGCCGCAUCGGCCGGGCUCCUGCGGCUGCUGCUGGCGGCGCUUGAGCUCGAGCCUGUUGCCGCCGUCGCGUACACGCCGAUACACGAACCCGGCCGCUGCGCGAUCCGCGGCCACUGCGGCUCCAAGAGCUUCUUCGGCAGUCAGCUGCCCUGCGUCGACAACGGCCCUGCCGAGGAGCCCGACGCCAAGCUGCGCCAGCAGCUCACCGAGCUCUGCGGCCCGAAAUGGGCUGACGGCCCCGUCUGCUGCAACGCCGAGCAGGUCGAUGCGCUCAAGUCCAACCUCCAGACGGCCAACCAGAUCAUAUCGUCAUGUCCUGCGUGCAAGGAAAACUUCUUCAACAUGUUCUGCACCUUCACCUGCUCGCCGGACCAGUCGCUGUUUGUCAACGUGACGAAGACGAUGCAAAAGAACGGGAAGACACUGGUGACGGAGCUCGACCAGCUGAUAUCCGAGGAGUACGGCUCGGGCUUCUACAGCAGCUGCAAGGACGUCAAGUUUGGCCCGACAAACUCGAGGGCGAUGGACUUGAUUGGCGGCGGCGCCAAGAACCACACGCAGUUGCUCAAGUUCCUGGGCCAGGAGCGUUUCGGAGGCUCGCCGUUCCAGAUGAACUUCCCCGCCAGCUAUCCCGAGCCUAGCAUGAAGCCCCUGCCGAUGACGCCGAAGAAGUGCAACGACGAGGACCCCAACUUCCGCUGCGCCUGCAUCGACUGCCCCGCCGUCUGCCCCGAACUCCCAGCUAUCGAGGAGGCCGGGUCGUGCCACGUCGGCGUCCUCCCAUGUUUGUCGUUCGCGUCGAUCCUGACGUACGGCGUGCUGCUGUUCCUGUGUGCCACCGCAGUCGCCGGCCGAUAUGUCUGGAGCCGGCAUGCGAAGCGCAGGGGCGAGCGGUUGAGGCUGCUCACGGAUGCGGCGCCGAGCGACGACGAGGACGAGGGCGAUCUUACCGAGAACGGGGCCAUGUUCGACCGGCCGCAGAACACGUAUGUCGUCAACACCUGGUGUGACGCCGCCUUUUCGCGGCUGGGCCACGCGGCGGCGAGAUUUCCGGCCCUGACCAUUGGGAGCACCUUUCUCGCCGUGCUUCUUCUCAGUGCCGGCUGGUUUCACUUCGAGAUCGAGAAGGACCCGGCUCGCUUGUGGGUUAGCCCAGCGUCUCCAGCGGCCCAGGAAAAAGCCUUCUUCGACUCCAAUUUUGGCCCGUUCUACCGGACCGAGAAGGUCUUUUUGGUCAACGAUCUGAACUCUUCGGCCCCGGGCCCGGUCUUGAGCUACGAAACACUCCUCUGGUGGAUGGGCGUCGAAAAGGAAAUACGAAACCUCAGAGGCAACAGAUAUGGGCGCAAGCUUCAGGAUCUCUGCCUCAAGCCGACUGGCGACGCUUGCGUUGUGCAGUCAGUCUCGGCGUAUUUCCAAGAUGACCCUGAUGCGGUUGAUCCGGACGGCUGGAAGGACAAGCUGCGGGAGUGUGCUGACUCGCCCGUCAGCUGCCGGCCCGAGUAUGGCCAGCCGCUAGAGCCCAAUAUGAUUCUUGGAGGCUACGACGAGUCCGGGGACCCUGCCGAGGCAACGGCCAUGACGGUUACUUGGGUCUUGAAUAACUACCAAGAGGGAUCACCCGAGCUGGACCGUGCGAUGGACUGGGAGGAGUCUCUCAAAAUCCGGCUGCUGGCACUUCAAGACGAGGCCAAAGAGCGCAAUCUUAGGCUGUCCUUCUCGACCGAGAUCAGCUUGGAGCAGGAGCUCAACAAGUCCACGAACACGGAUGCCAAGAUCAUCGUCGUCAGCUACAUCAUCAUGUUUCUGUACGCGUCGAUUGCGCUGGGGUCCACGACGCUGUCGUUCCGGGACUUCGUUCGCAACCCGGCCAUCGCGCUGGUCGAGAGCAAGUUUACCUUGGGCGUGGUGGGCAUUCUCAUCGUCCUGAUGUCCAUCACGGCGUCCAUUGGCCUCUUCUCAUGGUUCGGCCUGAGGGCGACCCUCAUCAUCGUCGACGUCAUUCCCUUCAUCGUGCUGGCCGUGGGCGUCGACAACAUCUUCCUCAUCGUCCACGAGUUCGAGCGCGUGAACAUCAGCCACCCGGACGAUGUGGUCGAGGUCAGAAUCUCCAGGGCGCUUGGCCGGAUGGGUCCCUCGAUUCUCUUCUCGGCCAUCACCGAGACCAUCUGCUUUGCGCUGGGUGCCUUUGUCGGCAUGCCGGCGGUGCGCAAUUUCGCCGUCUAUGCGGCCGGAGCCGUGCUCAUCAACGCCGUUCUCCAGGUGACCAUGUUUGUCUCGGUCCUCACGCUCAACCAGAUCCGAGUCGAGGACGCCAGGGCGGACUGCUUCCCCUGCGUGCAAGUUAAGUCGGCGCGGAUACACCUGAACGGCAGCGGCGGGAGCAGCGGCGCUCGGUACUAUGACGCGCCGGCCGAGACCAUGCUUCAGCAGUUCAUUCGCAAGACGUAUGCCCCGAGACUGCUGGGAAAAAAGACCAAGGCCGCCGUCGUUGCCAUCUUUCUCGGCGUCUUCGCCGCUGCUGUGGCUUUGCUGCCCGAGGUCGAGCUUGGGUUGGAUCAGCGCGUUGCGAUUCCCGACGAUUCGUACCUGAUCCCGUACUUCAACGAUCUCUACGAUUACUUUGAUGCUGGCCCGCCCGUCUACUUCGUCACGCGCGAGUUCAAUGCUACUCAGCGGGAGCAGCAGCAGAAGAUCUGCUCGCGGUUCACCUCGUGCCAGCAGCUGUCGCUCACGAAUAUUCUCGAGCAGGAGCGCAAGCGUGAGGAGGUGUCCUACAUCUCAUCGCCGACCGCCGGCUGGCUGGACGACUUCUUCCAGUGGCUCAAUCCCGACAACGAGGCGUGCUGCGUUGACGGGCGCAAGCCUUGCUUCUGGAGGCGGGAUCCGGCGUGGAACAUCACCUUGUCCGGCAUGCCCGAAGGCGACGAGUUUGUCCGAUACCUGAACAGAUUCCUUACCUCUCCGACCAACGAGGACUGCCCCCUCGCUGGACAAGCCUCAUAUGGCAGCGCCGUCGUUGUCGACUCGGCUCGCGAUACCAUCCUCGCCAGCCACUUCCGCACCACCCACUCGCCCCUCCGCAGCCAGCAAGACUUCAUCAAAGCCUACGCCUCGGCGCGGCGCAUCGCCAACGACGUCAGCGCCAGCACGGGCCUCGACGUGUUCCCGUACUCGGUCUUCUACAUCUUCUUCGACCAGUACGCGACCAUCGUUUCGCUGACGGCGACACUGCUCGGCUCCGCCGGCGCCAUCGUCUUCGUCGUCUCAACGGUGCUGCUCGGCUCGCUGCUCACCGCGGCCGUGGUCACCGCCACGGUGGCCAUGGCGCUGGUCGACAUCCUCGGCGCGAUGGCGGUCAUGCGCGUCAGCCUCAACGCGGUUUCGCUGGUCAACCUCAUCAUCUGCGUCGGCAUCGCGGUCGAGUUCUGCGCGCACGUCGCGCGCGCCUUCAUGUUUCCCUCGCGCACGUUCAUGGAGCGCGCCCGGAACCGGUUCCGCGGCCGCGACGCGCGCGCGUGGACCGCGCUCGCCAACGUCGGCGGCAGCGUCUUCUCGGGCAUCACCGUCACCAAGAUCCUCGGCGUCGCCGUGCUGGCCUUCACGCGCAGCAAGAUCUUCGAGAUCUACUACUUCCGCGUGUGGGUCGCGCUGGUCGCGUUCGCGGCCACCCACGCGCUCGUCUUCCUGCCCGUCGCCCUGUCGCUGCUCGGCGGCGAGGGCUACGUCGACCCGGAGAGCGAGGGCGGCCUGGAGGAGGACCUCGCCAGCAGGCGGUACCGCGCGCUGAUGCCCGAUGGCGAUACCGACUCGGAAGAGGAGGAUUAGGAAGGUUCCGGCGCGCGUCGUCUGUCGUCUGGCGCCGAGGCGGACGCGGAGGCGGUGGCCGAAGAGUCUGCCUCGACGGCGGCGGCGGCCCCUCGCCCCCGGCGGCCCGUAAAGCAGGCUGCG